AUGUUCCGCUCCGGAGAAUUUGACAUAUGUGGCCGUAAUGGUAAAGGUAAUGGUAAAGGUAAUGGUAAAGGUAAUGGUAAAGGUAAUGGUAAAGGUAAUGGUAAAGGUAAUGGUAAAGGUAAUGGUAAAGGUAAUGGUAAAGGUAAUGGUAAAGGUAAUGGUAAAGGUAAUGGUAAAGGUAAUGGUAAAGGUAAUGGUAAAGGUAAUGGUAAAGGUAAUGGUAAAGGUAAUGGUAAAGGUAAUGGUAAAGGUAAUGGUAAAGGUAAUGGUAAAGGUAAUGGUAAAGGUAAUGGUAAAGGUAAUGGUAAAGGUAAUGGUAAAGGUAAUGGUAAAGGUAAUGGUAAAGGUAAUGGUAAAGGUAAUGGUAAAGGUAAUGGUAAAGGUAAUGGUAAAGGCAAUGAUAAAGGUAAUGGUAAAGGUAAUGGUAAAAGUAAUGGAAAAGGAAAUGAUAAAGGUAAUGGUAAAGGCAAUGGUGAAGGUAAUGGUGAAGGUAAUGGUAAAGGUAAUGGUAUAGGUAAUGGUAAAGGUAAUGGUAAAGGUAAUGGUGAAGGUAAUGGUAAAGGUAAUGGUAAAGGUAAUGGUCAAGGUGAUGGUGAAGGUAAUGGUAAAGGUAAUGGUAAAGGUAAUGGUUAAGGUAAUUGUAAAGGUAAUGGUAAAGGUAAUGGUAAAGGUAACGGUAAAGGUAAUGGUAGAGGUAAUGGAGGUAAUGCAAACUUCAAGAGGAGAUAUAUGUCAGAUCCGUGUAAACUUAGUAAAUAUUGA